AUGGCAUUAGGAUCAUCAGAAACGUUAAAGCAAAAUGUUAUACUCGGAUAUUCGGAUAUAAAUAAUGCUGGCUUGUAUGUAGUUUCUGGCGUUGAAGAAACGUGUAUCGUUGAGCACCAAACGUAUCAUUUCAAUAAUACGAACGACAAUACAAGUAAUGUUGACGAAGGAAAAAAAAUUGAAAUAAAAAUAUAUAAUACCAAAGACAGAAGUUUCGUGAAAAUACAAGAGUUACCAUCUCAAAAUAAGAUAAUAUAUUUAGCAGACGCGUUAAUUAAUCAAUUUUGUCAAAAUGAAGUAACCGAUGUGAUAAUAGUGUCAUCGAUAAAUUUUUCGGUAAAUGCAGAAAGUGUAUACUUGGGUUGUAUACCAGAUAGUGAAGAGGUAAAAAAUGAUGGCGCAAAGGAAAGAAAAUCGAAUAGCAGCUAUGUUUAUGAGGUUGGAAUUCUAAGAUUAUUGGUUGAGGGUCUAAAAGCAAUUGUGCCUGAUAUUGAAAUUUCAAUGGAUAAAGUAUUAGAUACCAAAGUUAAGAAAGAGUCUUUUGAUGAGAUACAUGAUACCGAAAAAGACAC